GUAAUACUCACUGGUAGUACUAGGCAACGAACGGUCAACGGAAUUCCCCAAUGUCGCGUUGUGAAUACGGCCGCGCAAAGAACACGUUCAUUUACAAAAGGAUUUUGUCCAACAGAUUUUUCUUCAUCGAUUCGGUGUUUGAUAACUAGCGCUGGACGGACAAAAUAUUGUGAUGAUAAAAUGCAAUGACACUAAAAAUGGAUCUGGCUUCAAAAUGUACAUCGGAAUACACACCAGCAAGAUUUAGCGCCAGAGGCAUUUUUAUAACUGACAAUGGCUAUUCAUGCCUCAUUUGUAACAUAAAAAUUGUCAAUCUGGUGGACAGCAUCAAGCAUGUAUCUAAAAAGGAGCACUGUGAUAAACUUCACGACAUGAGGAUCGCUUGUUUCAAGGUUGAAGGAUUUGUUCAUUGCGAUAUAUGUACUAAUUAUGUAACAGAAAACUGGAAAGAUUUCCUAAUUCAUUUCAACCAAGAACAUCAUUUCCAGAGUGUGAAGGGAAAUGACAAUCAGCACAUCUCUUAUGUUUCGAAUGUGACUCUUGUUAAUAAUUAUUUAAUUGAGCAGGAUCCAGGAUAUUUUUUUUGCCUAUUCUGCAAUGCGUUAAUAAUCGGAGAUGACUCAGUCUUUACGCAUAUUAGAGAAAAAAAACAUGUAGAGUUACUCACAACUUUUACCGAGAAGUACCCACCCGAAAUACUCUUUGAAGCUGAAUGUCGCAAGUGGGCAAAAAAUUUUAUUUACAAACUAGUACAAUCAGAAUUCUAUUGUACUUUGUGCAAUAAUUCGAUAAAAGGGAGAAGAAAUUGUACCAAGCACAUUACUUCUGAUGACCAUAUAACAAAAAUGGUAACAAGCGAGAACAUUGAACGUCAACUCUUUGAUAACUGCAUUAAGAGGAAACAAAUGCUAGAUUCAUACGGAUGUCCAGGAUUUGGAACUUCAAAAGAUCCGCUAGAUGAUGCCAAAGCGAUGUGUGCUGCAAAUCUGAUGUUACAGGGAACAUGUACAUCACAAAAAUUUAGUGCAAGAGGUACUGAACAGAUUAGUUCCAGUAUUCGUGUAGAAAAUAUGCUAACCAAGGAUGAUCUUAAUUAUGAACCUCUUUGUAAUGAGAUUAAGGGGAAAAAAAAACCAGGUACAACUGAAGUUGCAUAUUUACAGGUAUCAAAGAACCUGCUAUCAGAAUCUUUUGAUAAAAUUAUUUGUGAAAACUCAAUAACGGGACCAGUUCCGCUAACGGGUCACUUCAUAUGCGAGCUGUGUUCCUGUAGCAUUGCCAGCCGAGAAACCGUCUAUGAACAUAUAUCAGGUCACCGACACAGGAGAUUGAGGAUAAAAGUCGAUUCCAUGAAAUCACAGGAAAUUACCAAUGUUUACGAAACAUUUCAAGAUUUGUCAAGUAGCUGGGAGUCAACUGAAAGUUCAUUAGCUAAUUGGGAAGUAUGUGAAACUCAAUCGCAAGGUAGCAAUUUAUUUGAAAAUUCAUCAAGUUCUUCGGAGUCAUGUGACAAGAUUUCGAAUAGUUGGGAAACAAUCAGUACAUCAAGUUCAUAUUCGGCACAACAGGCAUCAAUGAUGUAUGAAAUACCAGAUGCUUUCAUGCCAUUGAUUUCAGAAAAUUUAUUGGAACGUCGAAAAGGAGAACUAUAUUGUGUAGCUUGUGAAGCCCAUUUGAGAAAUCUGGAUAGUUUCCUAGGCCAUACAAAUAGUAAACGUCACAAUGCACGUUUGAAGAUAUACAAAACUCAGAUCUCCCAAAAAAAUAACAAGUUACCUGCAACUUUACAAAACAAUGUUUCUUCCAAUGUACAUGAAAGGUCAGUGGAUUGUAAAUCAUUUGAGUAUGCUAAGAGAGUGGUUGAUAAACCUGUAAGUCGACCAUCCAAACUGUUGGAGGUACCACAAGAUCUAAUUCCAUUGAUAUCAAAACAUUUGUUGAAUCAUUUGGAGAAGGAAAUAUAUUGCAAAGCUUGUGAUGCUCAUCUUUUAACUCCAAUCAGUUUGAUAAAUCACACGAUGAGUAAAAAUCAUAUCGCAAGAUUAAGUACUUACAGAGAUCAAAUUGCACAAAGCAGUAAAAAGUCAUCAUCGAAUACUUCAGAAGACAGCAGAGCUCCAAAUACACCUGUGCAUACAAUUAAUAAAAAACCUCUACAGUGGGUAUCAAAAAAUCUUGCAAAAUCAGAUAGUCAGCGAUCUACAAAAUUGCUUGAUGUACCGAAAAGCCUUGUAUCAUUGAUUACCAAGCAUUUGCUAGAUCAUCGAGAAAAGGAACUAUAUUGCAAAGCUUGUGAUGCUCAUCUUUUAACUCCAACCAGUUUGAUAGAUCACACAACAAGUAAAAAUCAUAUCGCAAGAUUAAGUAUUUACAGAGAUCAGAUUGCACAAAGCAGUAAAAAGUCGUCAUCGAGUACUUCAGAAGACAGCAGAGCUCCCAAUACAGCUGUGCAUCCAGUUAAUAAAAAACCCUUACAGUCGGUAUCAAAAAAUCUUGCAAAAGCAGAGAGUCGGCGAUCUACAAAAUUGCUUGAUGUACCGAAAAGCCUUGUAUCAUUGAUUACCAAGCAUUCGCUAGAUCAUCGGAAAAAGGAACUAUAUUGCAAAGCUUGUAAGGCUCACCUACAAAGUCCAAGCAGUAUAAUCGCGCAUACGGGGAGUAUAUACCACAUUACAAUGUUGAAAUAUUACAGAGAUCAGGUAUGGCGAAAAAACGAAACGUUAUUGAGUACUUCAGAAUAUAGUAAUGCUACGAACGCAUCUGGCCCUAUAAUUAGUAAAGAUCCACUGCAAUCGGUAUUAAGAAGUAGCGAGAAACCUGCAACUGUUACAUCAAAAAAUGCAAUUGAUGUAUAUCGUAAAGUUUGUAAAACUCAUAUAGAAACACCAGAAGUCAUGGAAAAUAACAUCAAAAGUGAACAACACAUGGAAAAUUUUGAAAGUGGUAAUGUUCAAGAAAAGAAGAAAGAAUUAUAUGUAAAUGAAAUGCCAUCCACAUCAUUCGGCAAUUCAAUCAACAAAAUAAAGUUGCCAGACUCACAAUCAGAUAUAAUCUGCAAAGUUAAUGUCCAAGCUGAAGACUCAUUGUCAGGAGCAUCCAAGACAAAGAAAGUACGAGUACGAAACAAAAAAAAAUCAAACAAGUCUAAUCGUGAAUCUCAAAUUCUAGAAUUAAAAUGCAACCUCAGCUGGCAAGAGACUGUUGUAACAAAUUCAAAGUUUUUGGAUAAUUUGAGAGAAGCGGGACAAAAUCAGGUGGAGAAUCCGAUUAACCAUUCGAAGGUACUUAAAAAAGAUAGAAGAAAGAAGGCUGUACCAAAAUAUUUACACGCCGAUAUGCAGCACAUUUAUAGUAUGAAUCCAGAAAAGUUGAGAAUAAUCAAAUUAAGUUGCCAAUUAUGUUUUCCAAAAACGUCAUCUGUAAUAUAUUGUCUAAUUUGUCAAAGAAGCAUACCUUGUAAAUUGCAGACUUUUUACGAACAUAUCUGCAGCCUGACACACACUGCGAAUUUAGCUGAGAUGGAAACAAACGAUCAACACUUUAUAAAUUGUCCAGAUCAAUUCAGUGACUUGACACUUGCAAAAGAGUUGUCUCAAGAAAUUUCAGAUGCAAAUGUUCAAUGUUUUGCUUGUGACUUGUCAAUUCAAAAUGAUCAUGCAGAUAUUAUUAAACAUGUUACAGAAGAUUUUCAUCAAGAAAGAAAACAGUCAUGGAAUAUAGUUAUGGAUAAAAUUCUACAGGAUAUUUUAGUUCAAAUGAAAAGCACUUGGUACAACAUUCAGAAAUAUUUGUGCCAGCUUUGCGAUAUUCAUUUUAAUACGGAAUUUUUCUUCACAGAGCAUUUAGAAGGGAAAAAACAUCAAAAAUGUCUGAAGAAAACGGGCAUAUUUGUGAACAGACUAAUUUACGAUGCUUGCAUAUCAUGUGCUACGUUGUGGUUGGGUUUUCCGGCACUUUAUGCACAGCAUUGUGAACAGCCAUUGCACAAGUAUUUAGUUCAGCAUGGAGACUAUGCAAAAUGCGUAUUACCAAAUCAAGCGAAAGCUCUAUUAGAAAAUGCUGAGGCAGAGGUCAUAAGCCUAAUUGCAUUAUCCGAUCAAGUAUUAAAUGUUCAAAAAACGAAAGUUAACUCCUUGUUAAAAUGCCUAGAAGAUACCGUCAAAGUCAAAUUUCCUGAAGCCAAGGCUUAUCCUUUCGGCUCAAGAGUAUCUGGCUUAGGUUUCCCAGAAAGCGACAUAGACGUAUUUUUGGAUUGUGGUACAUAUGACGGGAAAAAAACCUCUAAAACCUACCAAAUUGAUAUAAUUAGUUCUGUCGAGAAUUGUUUACGUGUUAAUGAGGAAUCAUGGGAAAUUGACGAGAUUCUCGUGUCGACUAGAACCCCCAUUAUCAAAUUACAUCACAGAAAUACAGAACUAAGCUGUGAUGUAUCAUUCACAAGUGGUCUAAGCGUUGAAAAUACUAAACUAUUAAAAUGCUUUAUCGACAAUUACCCGCUCUGCCGACAGUUAAUGUUGUUUUUGAAGAAAUGGCUUACUUUUUGCAAUUUAUCAGGCUCACGGUAUAUUACGAAUUAUGCUAUCUGUUGGUAUGUCAUUUUCUAUCUUCAAGUGGAAUCAAUUCUCCCAAGCGUUGCCAGCCUGAUUGCCAAAGAAAAUAAGUCCCAAAUAAUUAGUAAUUGGGAAACUGGAAUCUGUGCGACAUUUGAUGUCAGUGGGCACGAAUAUACCUUUACGAAGUUAUUGUACGGAUUUUUCGUUUUUUACUCCAAUUUUGAUUAUCGGCAUUCCGUGGUCUGCCCGCUUCUUGGUCGCACCAUAUUGAAAAAUGAUUUUGAGGAUCUCAAUCAACUACCAAAAGAGAUGACACCAUACGUUGAUCUGGUUAAGAACAGCAAUGAUGACUGCAUAGAGUUAUUUAGAAUUGAUUCAGAGAUGUGCAUUCAAGAUCCUUACGACUUAUCACAUAAUCUCACGAAGGCAGUACCAAAGUUAACUUUGAAUCGAUUUAAGCGGUUGUCUGCAGCAAGCGCAGAUAUUUUGAAAACUUUCCUACAAUGCUAAGGUUCAGUCAAUAUGUUCUAUCGCUGUGUUACGAAGUUGCUUCUAUUUGCGUAGCAACUUUACAUUUAAGAUAUGAUUUUAGUACCAUCUUACACUUCAGUGUAAAAUGUGCAUUUUUACUUCAGACGAAUCAUGUUUUUUAUAUUGGAACGAAUAUUAUGUAGUUGGAGUUUUUUUAGUUUGUCCUUUUUUACUAUAAUUUCAAACGGGGUCCUUUUCGGUUAUGUAUACACCAUGCAUCAUGUAGUCUAUGGUAGUGUGAUCAAAAACCUAGAAAUUUUAUUGCCCAUUUAUUUUGCAUUGAUUAAAUAUUUUUAAGCA